AUGGGUAGCAUGCCAUCCCUCCCCGGCAUGUCUAGCUUACCCUCUCUCCCCAGUGUGGGUAGCAUGCCAUCUCUCCCCGGCAUGUCCAGCUUGCCUUCCCUCCCCGGCACGUCCAGCUUGCCUUCCAUCCCCAGCAUGAGCAGUUUGCCAUCUCUCCCCGGCAUGUCUAGCUUGCCAUCCCUCCCUGGCAUGUCAAGCUCGUCAUCCCAGUCGAGCCUCCCCAGCCUCCCUUCCAUGCCGUCGGUCCCCGGGAUCAACAGCCUCACCUCUGGCGGCCUCCCAGGCCUCAGCAGCCUCACCAGCCUCCUCUAAGGCUUCUUACCUAGG